UCACGGAAACAACACCUCGAUAUAAUACGCUUCCCUUCCUCGAACCUUACGGACCUUUCGAGUGUAAUAUGGCAGCAUACGGAGCACCAGGUGCCGGAGCAGCGGCGGCGGCGAUCGACUAUGCUAGUUCGUCAAUGCGAGAUGCUGUCUUGCAAAUAGUAAACUCAGCGCAUUUCAAUCCCUCCGAGAUGAAGGAGAGAAAGUUGACGCUGUCUCAAGCGUAUUGUCUGCUGUGGCAGGACGCCGAGAGUGGUAAUGUGAAAGGAAGGCAAACGUCCUGUGAGCUGCAAGCCGGAGCGGCGGCCGCUUGUCUCCUUGACCUUAUAAUCCAAGGAAAGAUAACAGUUGAUGUUGUACCGAAAACUACGCUUGGCAUCGACCGAGAGGAUGUCUAUGUUAAGGUUGUUCAGGAUUCACCAACAGGAACCUACCUUGACAAAGCUAUAUUCAACAAGAUCCUUGAGCGGCACGAAAAAAGUUUCAAUGAGCCUCGAAAGCUGAAAAAAUGGAUCUCUGAAGAUUUGUACAGCUUCAGGUCCAAGAACCAGUGUGGAACCAUCACCCUUGACAGCCUUGCUGAUGACUUAGGGAUCCUAAAAAAGGACAAGCACAUGUUUAGCAUUGAUUACCCCACUGUUAACCCAGAACCUGAGGAGAAUUUAAGGCAACAGAUUCAGAAGAUUGGUCUUGGUCACGCGGAGCCAGACAGCUACCUCAGAGCCCUCUUGACCGUCAUGCGCGCCGCUGAUAAUCUCUCUUGUUUGUGGGAUCCCUUGCUUGAGAAGUGUUUCAGUAAAGAGCAGUAUAAGGAAGCUAAAGAACGGAUCAAAGCGAUGGUGCAAGUAGACAAAUCAACAAGUGAAAAGUAUCAGGCUAUGCAGUGAGCACAUUUGCAUAAGCACAUAUACACAAUAUCUCCUGAUGAUUAUACUCCGUCUUGUAUUUACACGAAUAUGUGUAUUUAUUUAUUUGCUUAUUUUUAUUAACAAAGUUCCACAAAUUAUACUGGUGCGGGAGGAACAACAGAGGCUCCAAGUCAAGCGUGUGUGUAUUGUUAGUAAGCACUGAGAGUGGUUACUGCCAGAGGGUAUAUUGCAUCCCAAGUGGUUCUUUGACAUCCCUUCCGAUUCGGGUUAGUGUAGGUUUAAGAGACCGGACCUCCAGUUUAAUGUCCCUAACCCGAGAAGAUGUUCGUCCUUAAUUGGUUGUUAUUCGAAGGAUCAAAUCAGGGAGACGUUAUCCGCAAUGGAUUCUUGACCAUUCUUUUAUACUUUACUACAACAGUUUCUUUACUCUAUAUCAUCAUUACAUCUUGAAGUAGCUUUUUUCAAUAAACUUUGAUCCAUUAAA